AUGUCUGGUACACCACCCGUCAUCCCGACGGAACUUCAGGUUUACAACUCAUACGUCGAGGAUCCGAAAUGGCAACGCAAGUUUAGCAUUAUUUGGGGCACCGCCGCCGGCAUUGCCAUCCUAAUCUCGCUCCCGCACCUUCUCCGCGCAAUUCGCAGUCGUCGAGCGUUCGCGGGCCUCUUUGGCGUCUGGGAGGACUGGAGUGGCAAAGCGUAUCAGCCAGUGGCGGCUAGCGACGAACGAAAGCGGAGUGGUGGUUCGCCGGGAUGGAAGGAUAGAGUGCGAGGAGUGGCUAGGAUUGUCACUUCAGCUCUCCUCUGGACAUUGCCGGGCACAGAGGUCGACGUCGGACAAAUGCUCAUCAUCAUUGGCUACCUCGUCACCGUCCUCGUCUGCAUCACCAUGAAGUCUGAGCUCAUUUCUAACCCGAACCGUGCCGGCUUCCUUGCCUUGGCACAAUUCCCAGUUGUCUUCCUAUUCGCCACCAAGAAUUCACUGCUGUCGCUCCUCCUUGGCCCGGGAAACGGCUACGAGAAACUGAACUAUGUCCACAAAUGGGCCGGGCGCGGAAUGUUCAUCGGCGCCGUCGUUCAUGGCGCACUCUGGAUCCGUAACCACCUGCAAUACGGCCUUCCGAUUCUCGGCCAGCAAAAGGAGACAAGCGGUGUCGCUGCCCUUGGUGUUCUCUGCGUGAUUGUGCUCACGUCGUUCCGAUCUAUUCGGAGAUUGUGCUGGAAUUUGUUCUUCGUUGUGCAUGUGUUGGCCUUUGUCGCGUUUUACGUGACGGUUUGCUACCACACGAUCUACGCUCGCCCAUGGGUCUACCCACCACUAGCCUUCUAUGGUCUGGACCUGCUCAUGCGCCUGCUCCGGUUCCGCAUCAAGGACGCGACGCUGAUCCCCGUCGAUCAUGCCAUGACCAUUAUCAACGUCCACGACUGCUCUGGCGGUUGGGUCGCCGGCCAGCACGUCCGCCUGCGCGCCUUUGUCUCUGGUCGCCUGUUCGAAUCGCACCCACUCACGAUCAUGCGCGCCCCGCCCUCGACGUCCUGCUUGUCGCCGAGCUCCGCGCGGGGUACGCUUACCCUGGGCGCUCGCGCCGUUGGCGACUGGAGCCGCGAGCUAAACGCCUAUGCCCGCGCUGAACGCGACCGGACCUCCAAGGGCAAGGAGCUCGAUGGUAUCGACACCACCGACCUUGGCGCGGACGUGCAGGUCAUGAUCGACGGUCCAUACGGCGGCUGCAGUGUCGACCUCGGCGAGUUCGAGAGUGUGCUACUCGUCGCCGGCGGUAGCGGUGCGACAUUUACCCUCGGCAUGCUGGACGACAUCGUUGGACGCUGCGUUAGGCUCGGCCGGCCAAAUGGCGAACGCACGAAGCGGAUCAAGUUCGCGUGGUGCAUCAAGUCCUUCGGUGCGAUCGAGUGGUUCGCUCAGCCGCUGAUGGAGAUCGCGGCCGUCGCGGCGACGCCCGGCUCCGGCCUCGACCUCCACGUGUCCGUGUUCGUUACCUGCCUGUGCAACCCGGAGGCCGUCCCGCCAAUUCCCAACUCGGACGUGCGGGUCGGGCGCCCGUCGAUUCAUAAGAUGCUUCGCGACUUCGUCACGCCACCCUGCGCGCCGUGCGCGGACUCCGUCGCGAAGGGCGCGUCGUGCUGCUGCGCGCCCGAUACUGCUGGCACAUCCACCCUUUCCACCGCGUCGGCCUCGCAGCCCGGCGUUCUCAGCGCGUCGGAGAAGGCGGCGGAGACGAAGCUCGAGGUCGAGGAGGAGGAACGGUUUGCGACGGAGUGCGACUGCGAGGCGGGUGAUUUCGAUGUCCCCGGGUUGCGCUGGGUUGGGCUCGGCGGCGGCGUCGCGGUGUGCGCGAGCGGGCCAGAGCGGCUGACGCGUGAGGCGAAGAACGCGGUAGCGAGGAUCGGCAUGGCGCGGAGCGUCGCGCUCGGCGGAAUCGCGCUGCACACGGAGCUGUUCUCAUUAUGA